AUGCAGCGUCUGCUGCUGCUGCUGCUGCUGCUGCUGUUGCUGCAGCAACUGUCAGCCUGCAGCGCGAAGCAGCUCUUCGGGGCUCCCUUUGCAUUUUCGGGGGUUCCCCUGGCGAGCAGCAGCAGCAGCAGCAGCAGCUGGUGCAGCAGGAGCUGCAGCAGUCACCGUAGCAGCCCCGGCCAUGGCAGCAACAGCAGCACAGCUGCGCACACGAGCCUGGGGAGGCCCCCCAGCCGCAGCUCCCCUACAGCAGCAGCAGCAGCAGCAGCAGAUAGAGCAGUAGCAGCAGCAGAAGCAAGGACGCCGCUGCUGCGCGUGGGAGCCCGUUGGUCCCCGCUGGCCCUAACGCAGGCAAAAGAAGUGCUGCGGCGAGUAGUGUUUGCUGCUGCUGCGAAGUUUCCUGCUGCAGUUGCUGCUUUUGUAGAGGAGGACGAGCAGCAGCAGCAGCAGCAGCAGCAGGCGCUGCGGCAGCAGCAGGACGCGAGGGGGGCGGAGUGCAGCGAGCUGCUGCUGGGGACAGCAGCAGGGGCGCUGCCUGCUGCUGCUGCUGCUGCGCUGCAGCAGCGGCUGCGGUACGGGGAAGCAGAGCUGGUGCCGUACCAAACAGCAGCAGACCGUUUGCUGCAGCAGCAGCUGCUGCAGCUCGGAGGCAAGGGCCUCUUCAGCAAAGAACUUGAUGAGGGUUUAGUAAAAAAGGAAUUCCAUUUUGCUGUUCAUUCUCUCAAAGAUGUAGCAGCAAACUUGCUUCCGGGGACGCAGCUUGCUGCUGUGCUGCAGCGGCAAGACCCCCGCGACGUUUUGCUGUUUGCUGCCAGCAGCAGGCCCAAGCUCCAGCCGCUCAUCGACGCCCUUGCUGCUGCUGCUGCUGCUGCUGCUGCAGACGCUGCAGCAGCAGCAGCGCGCGCUCGCGCGGGGGAGGCCAUACAGGUUACUGAAAUCGGCAACAGCAGCAGCAGCAGCAGCAACAGCAGCGGGGAGGAACUUCUAAUUGGCAGCUCGUCUCUAAGAAGACAGUCUCUUUUGCUGCACCUCGCUAGCCGCCAAUCAGCAGCCGCAGCAGCAGCAGCAGCAAAAGUGCGCUGCGUGCUGCUGCGGGGAAAUGUGCAGACUCGGCUGCGGAAGCUGCGGACGGGAGCAGCAGAAGGGACUCUUCUUGCUGCUGCUGGUCUCCGGAGACUGUGUCUGCUGCCGCAGCAGCAGCAGCAGCAGCAGCAGCAGGGAGCCCCACACUCAGCAGCAGCAGCAGCGCCGGCAGGUGCAGCAGCAGCAGCUGCUGCUGCUGCUGGGGGCCUAGAGAGCACGCGGCUUGCUGCGCCCCACAGCAGCAUAGAGGCGCUGCUGCUGCCAGUUUGCUGCUUCACUCCUGCUGCUGCUCAAGGCAUUAUAGCAGCACAAUGUCUUUCAGCUGAUGCGGAAGUGCUGCAGCUGCUGCAGGCCGUCUCGGACCCCGCAGCAGCAGCAGCAGCAGCAGCAGAACGCGCCUUCCUGCAGCAGCUCGACGGCAGCUGCAGAACGCCCCUAGGCUGCAUAGCCCUGCCGCAGCAGCAACAGCAGCAACAGCAGCAGCAGAUGGAGUUUAGGGGCUUUGUGGGGACCCCAGACGGCUCGCGGAUGUUCCGCGUGUUUGCUGCUGCAGGUGUACGUACACCUGAAGAUGCUGCAGCGCUGGGAGCAGCAGCAGCAAAACAAAUUCGAGCAGCAGCAGGACCUGACUUUUUGGCAGAAAUAAUCAGCAAAGUGCAGCAGGGCUGGGGGGCCAUCAAGCAGCCCUAA